UUCCCUAUCACUAGAGUGUCGGGGAUCAAACUCCACAAAACGUCUAGUGGUGACAGGUUGAUGAGAAGGCAACCUCGGCUUGCUCAAAUCAGGUACCACUGAAAGUUUGAUGUCUUGAACAUCGCCGGCAUGGAAAUGGAGAACUGCUCUGUCUAGAGCCUUAAAUGAUGUUAGGGAAGCCGUCUCCUUUUUUCUUCCUAUCAUAAACGAUACAACCCGUCAAACUUUCUCAGAACAUACUGAGCAAGCUUACGCAAACAGCUAAGACGUACAUGAACUAUUGCGAGGCAUGUCUGGCAUUUCAUUGAACGAGAGUGAAUGUGAUAGUGUCCCUUUUCAACGGGGUAAUGGAGAUACAAUUCCAGUAAAGAAAAACAGGAAGAUAGACGUUAAAGAUGAACUAGAUGGAACUGGUACUACUGCAAAGGAUACUGACAACCAAACCACUGAAAGUAACACUAUAUUGGAUAUUCCUUAUAGUGGUAUGGAGAGACAAACAUAUAAUAACACUGAAAAGGGGGAUGAGAAGAGCGAAAUAGGUUCUGACAAUGUUACUAAUGUGUCACCGAAAAAAUCUAUACGUCAGAAGGCAUAUGGCUGUUUAAAGAAGACACUUUUACCCGUAUUUGGAAUAAUAUUGUACAGUUAUGACAUUGUAACCGAUAUUCAGAUUGCCCUGAGUUAUAAAGAAAGAAAUGACGAGAACCUGUUUCGUUACACAGUAUUAACUCUUGUCGUCUCUGCAUGCUUUAUAAUGGUGAUAGACGUCGUCUGGCUGCUCAUAGAUUACAAGAAGGCACGGGAAUCAAGAUAUCCUUCUGCAGAAAUUGAACUUAAAACAACGAAAGGAUCCACAGUUCGAAGCACUGAAUUUCAGAAAAGUGAUCAACUGGAGUCAGGUGAUCAUUUAAUGAAUACAGCCGAUGUGGACACGUCACUUCUUAGGCAAGAAUCUAAUCAAACAACUGAACAAGGUGAUGCUAUUCGAAAUGAUCAUCGCAAUCAAAACCAAACUAGCAAAGGGACGAAAAUGGUUUGGCAUGUACGAAGGCAGGGAAAUCCAGAUGUUUUCAAGUUGGUUCUUAGAAUCGUAUUAACAGUGAUGACUGUAGGUACUGGAGGCAUGAUUUGCAGAACAAUCCAGUACAUGUAUUACUUCUUCAAGUCUGUGCUAACUAGUACCCCUGCCCGCCACGAAUUUUACAAGAAGAAAGCUCGACAUAUGCAAAGAGAUUGUUUAAUGAUGAGUUUUAUCGAAGCGUUCCUUGAAUCAGCACCACAAUUUGCCUUACAACUCUACAUUACGUAUAAAUUGGACAGGACUUUCACAACUUUACGAGUUUGUACACUUGUGACAUCUGCGUUAAGCAUUUCCUGGAGUUAUUCGGCAUACUAUCGCUGCAAUAGGGCAAACAUAAACAACACGGAGGAUGUUAAACUGAUACCUUUGUUGAUCUACUUUCUUUCCGUUGCCAGCUGUAUCGUACCACGGUUUAUCAGCUUUGUAUUCUUUGCUGUUUAUUUUGAAUUAGUUGGGUUAAUAACUGUUUUUGGAUUAAUUGGAAUCCAUCUUGCUGUUGGCCUUGUAGUGAUAUCUCUAAAAGUGAAACCCGAGCUUAAAGGUACUGCUGAACAUCUCAUUGUCCGGUGGUUGUGUUACGCGUUCUUUGCCUACGUGAAGUUCUUCCUUUUCCUAAACUUGGAACACCAUCAGCUGUCUCAAACAGAUAGGAAAAAAGAAACAUCAAUCCGAAGAAACUGGUUUGAAAAAAAGAAUUCAAAGAAAAGGAUGAUUCUGCUUUACGCUUUAAUCCAUUUAGAGAAUUGGAUUCUUGCUACAAUACUUGUAUUCUGUAGGCGCGAAUUGAUGGCCGAUGGUUCUUUCGUUCUUAUUCUUGUUCCCAUAGGGACACUUGUGCAGCUUAUUUGUUUGUCAUCAUACUAUUACUGCUUCCAUACCACAACCGGUGUAGAUCUUGGACGCUUCAUUUUUCAAGAUACCAGCUUGAUCCUUUAGUUUAUCCGAUAGUUAAUUCAAAACAGUGAACUUCAUCAGAUACGGUGGUUGUAUGUAGCGUUCUUUGCCUACAUGAAGUUCUCCCUUUUUUAACUUCGAACGUCAUCAACUGCCUUAAACAAGAAAGGAACAAUCAAUACAAAGAAAAAAACUGCUUUGAAGAAAGGAAUACCAAGAAAAUUAUGAUUCUGCUCAACGCCUUCGUCCCCUUUUAGAAAAUUUGAUUCUUGUUACAAUACUGUAGACGUUAUUUAAUGGCCGAUGGGUUUUCGUUCUAAUUGUUGUUCUCAUUGGGGCACUUGUUCAACUAUAUUGUUUGUCGUCAUAUUAUUAUAGUUUCAAUAUAACUUGACCUGAAAUAUGUGUUGACUGUUUGAAAAGUAGUUUCUUUCAUUAUUAAUUAUUCUAUAUUACAUUACACGAUUCAUAGGCAUAAUUCAUGUAAAACAAUAGAUAUAGUGUAACGAUAAUUUUAGAAGGAGUGGUGCCUAUACAUCAAACAUUAUUAUUCGUAAAUGCAAUUUCAUCUUCGAUUUUGAAUAGGAAACCUAUGUAACUGUAAAUGUCGAAGUAGUAUACCUAAGUUUCAUAAAGUUCAUACAAUAUUUUAAAGUCUGAAUGCUUCUUAAGAUUAAUAACUAGAGAGAAAAAAGUGAGUAUGUAACUUUGAUAGAACCUCAUAUAAAAUGAUACAUUCCCGAGGUCCGCACAAUACUUAAAAAGAAUAGUUUUGGAAAUACAAACGAAAUUCCAAACUAUACUUAACUUUGAUUUUUGAAAAAAAUAUUCGAAACUAAGAUGAAGACAUAUGUGGAUAUCCAUUGACUAGAAUAUGUUAUUUAAAUUUUUCCACAAAUAUAUAUUGUAUAAUUCUGCAUUCCACAAACAGGUGGUCCAUUGUCUCUUUCUAUAUAGAACAUAAUUGGUGCUAAGCUUAGUUGGAGUUUUUAAGCUUGCAUUGAUAUAAGUAUCUGUUUGUUGGGAUAAGUCUGCGUAAGUGAAUGUGUACUGGAAGGUUCUUAUUGUAGUAUCAAUGGUGCAUAUAAAUGACAAUGUAAAUAGUUUAUUCCAUAUAUUCGUUUCCACUUUUGUUUCUAGAACUUAAUUCCAUUUAUCUUCUUUACCAUGGUUUGCAUUAUAUGUGUUUAUUUGUAUUGUGUACAGUAUUUUAUUCGGUUUUUGCUUACUAUUUUCAACCUUUGAACAAGUGCGAUUAGUUCAUGAUUUACAGCUGAAAGGUAGCUAUUACUUAAUCAAACUUUUUAAAAAAUAGUUUUAAAAAAUAAUGCAAAUAUAAUUAUCUAAGCGAAUGUGCUAGUUAUUUAUGUUUUAAUAUUUAUACUGAGUGUGGAUGUUUUAAGAUUUGAGCUAUAGCUUUUGUUUUAUUAAGUUUUUAUGGAAUAUUCUAUUUAACGUUUAUAAUGUUUAUCUCACAUACUCAUUGUAUGUUAAGGUCACGAUUGAUUAUAGGUUAUCGACGGUAUUUCUUAAUUAAUUAUGUUGUUAUUACUCUUAGUUUUAUUUUUUGAUGCAUGUCAUUUGAAAAGCAAAUGUUCUUGGUUAAACAUGAAAGUUUCUCUGAAACUUCUAGAAUCAUAACUUAUGCUGUUGUUGUGAGUUUUGAGACUUGUUUAAAACAGUUGCCGAAAUAAACAAAGCCUGCAACAGUUUGCAUGGCUUAAAUUCCAAGCCUGCAACACGGUUAAACAACAAUAAAAUCAACAUUGCUUUCCCCAACUUGACUUCAGCAUGUACUUCCCUUAAUCUUAAUUAACAUUCCUUACUUAAGACAAGGUUAAUGUUGUAACCUGUUCUUUGACAAACAACUGAUAUAAAUACGUUUUAUUGUUAUGUUGUGUUAAAAUAUUGUUUAAACUCCUUUUGAUUAUUAAUGUAAAUAAAUUGUUAUGGACCUGAAAUUGAAAUUAAAAGUUUAAAGAACGUUAAUACCCGUCCGGCUAGAAUAUACAUUGAUCAUAGAAAAAGAAAUCGUCUCUGGUUGAAGAAGUGACUUUGUAAAUAAGUAAAUUUUGUCAAUAAUAAGUCGUCAUUGCAUAUACUUUAAGCAUGAACAUGACGAAUAUUGUUAAAUAUGGCUGUUUAAGCAUGUCUGUUGAGAAAAAAUCUAGGUAUUGUCAUAGUCUUGGCUUGGUUUUCGGCCCCUUCGUCGCAAAAUAUCUGGCCAAAGUUUAACACCCACUCAAGUUAUUUAAGUUAACCUUAAUUCACAAUUUGGCAGGACAACAUGCGGAUCUUAACAUUGUUUGUUUUUUCUGCUCCAACAGAUGAAUGCAAAUGCAUAUGUAUGCAUAUGUGUAUUAGGGUUUGGGGCCAUCGACGCUGUUGUUUGUAGAUAUAAUCUUUGUAUUAUAAGUUUGUAUGCAUAUUUUUAUAUUUGCUGGAGGAAUUUAUAGAAUAAAUGUUUGAAUAUUGAA